GGAGAAUACUGAACCGGAAUGCAUUGAGACGGUUCUAUAUAUACAUAAGAGUGCAGCGUUUGGGUUGUAAAUUUCUGCUUGUGGAACGCAUUUAAUUCAAUUCAAUUGCUCGGCCAUUCCCCUCGCGUCCUCAGGUAGCAGCUUGGAGUGAAUGGAAUGGGAGAAUUAAGAGGGAAGUUCAUAUUUGAUUUUCAUCUUGAUCCAACAAACAACGGUGUCAGUUUGGUGACUUCUUUCAGGACUUAAGGAAAGAAAAUCUUGAUACAGUCUGCCUAAGGUGAGAAUGUCAGUUCUGAGUUCUCAUCCUGGUUCAACCGAAGCUCCCAUGUUCUUUACAUCUGACAGUGGGAAAAGUGAUAGGGGGGCUCCUGGUGCUGAAACAUGGCAGAAGUGUCAUAAACGUGAUGAAAAUCUUCAAGAUGGACGAGAAGAAAUUGUUCCAGUCAUGGAAAGGAAAAGGAGCCUAGGUGAUUUGGGCUCUUUAAAUCUUGCAAGUAGUAGUUCCCAGCUGUCAACUAUCAGCACUAUGUCUGAGAGUUCUGCACCUACUUUUGUAUAUAGGCGAAGGAAGCUCCAAAAGAACUCUGCUUCUGUUUCUCCAGCUCAGGCAUUAGCAAAGACAAGUGAUGGCUGUCUUUAUGUCAUCAAUUCUGAAGCUCCUUCAGAGGCAAUUAAGGUGGAUCAUAUUGUUUCUGCAGUUGAGCUUGAAAGUGAAGUUGACCAUGUGGGAGCUCCUAUUAUACCUCCUGUUGAAUGCGCUACACAGGCCCUUGCUUCAAAGGAAGAAUCGAUGAAUGGAUGCUUAGACAGGGAAGAGCCUUUUCCAGAAGGAGCUCUCAAAAGUGAUAACCGCCAUGCUUUAGAAUUGUGCUGUGUAAAUGAUAGUUAUUCAUCAUCAAAGUCAAAUGUAGAACUUGGUUCAGCUUCAUUAAGGACGGAAGUGGACGACACUGGUGAGUGUUCCUCUUCUAGUGCUUUGAUUGUGGAGGGUGUGCAGGAUGAUAUGUCAGAAAGAGAUGUAUGCAUCUCCAUUCUUAGAAGCCAGGGUUUGCUUGGUCGAGUUCGGCCCAUUAUGAAUCACAAGUAUGCUGAAGGGCCUGGUACAAGUAAUGAUGGAAGCUACAUGUGGGCUUGCAAUGUUUGUCACCAUUUGGAAACUGUACUGAAAAUGCUUAUUUGCGAUCGGUGUGAAGAGGCAUUUCAUGUCUCUUGCUGCAAUCCACGUUUAAAGAAGAUACCAGUUGAUGAGUGGUUCUGUCACUCUUGUGCAAAAAAGAAGCAUAAAAUUUUGAAGGAGAAAACUAUGGAUAUCAGCUGUGAAAUGAGCAGAAGUAGAAAUGCAACAUCUAAAGGUGAAUUAGGUCCUAUUGCUUCGAUUCUGAGAGACACUGGGCCAUAUACAUCGCGUGUUCGUAUUGGUCAAUAUUUUCAAGCAGAAGUUCCUGACUGGUCUGGUCCAUCCGUGGAUGAGAUUGAUACUAAUGAUGAUGCAUUGGUAAUUUAUACUUCAGAGUGUGUUAGCUUGCAUGGUUGGGAUUCCAGGAAGCCUUCUAAGUUAAGCUCCAUUGGUAAUUGGCUUCAAUGUCGAGAAGUUAUACAAGGGAUAGGAGAGGGCAUUGAUGGAAACAUUUGUGGAAAGUGGCGCAGGGCUCCCCUUUUUGAAGUUCAAACUGAUGAUUGGGAGUGUUUCAAUGCUAUCCUUUGGGAUCCAGCUCAUGCUGAUUGUGCUGUACCUCAGGAGCUGGAGACAGAUCAAGUUUUGAAGCAUUUAAAGUACAUAGAGAUGUUGAGGCCUCGGCUUACUGCUAGAAGGUGCAAAUUGGGUCGUUCCAAGAAUGCUAGUUCUCAAGAUGUUACCAAAGGAUAGGGGAAACACAGUUUGCAUAGUUCUUGUUAUUUUAUCUUGUACUUUGAGCAGCAGACCAAGUUCAAAGCUCCAGGAAAUCUACAAACCAGAACUCUCUCCGUUGGCUGGUCUUGUAACUGUUGGAUAAGAAUGUAGUUGAACUUGAAAUGAUUGAGCUAGUGGCUAGUGGCUUCUGUGCCUUCCUGCUUGACUUAGUCAUUGGUUUGUUUGCUUUUUUUUUUUUUUUCCUCUUCUUUAAUCUUUGCUGUCCGUUGCUUGUGAGCCCAUUUCGGGCAAUUCCUACUGAUGAUUGACAGAAAAUUUUGUGAAUGUAGCAUUAGAAGCAAUUCCUACU